UAUGCCUAUAUGUAGCUAGCAAACUCGCCAAUGACUCUUUUCGUAUGCUUCUCCAGUCUCGCCUAGGGUUUCUGCUCUGCCGCUCUCUCGCCGCCGUCCGCCAUGGCCAAGAGAACCAAGAAGGUUGGUAUUGUCGGCAAAUACGGCACACGUUAUGGUGCUAGUCUGAGGAAACAGAUUAAGAAGAUGGAAGUUAGCCAACACAGGAAGUACUUCUGUGAGUUCUGUGGCAAGGAUGCUGUCAAGAGAAAGGCUGUGGGUAUCUGGGGAUGCAAGGAUUGUGGCAAGGUCAAAGCAGGAGGUGCUUACACCAUGAAUACCGCGAGUGCUGUGACUGUGAGGAGUACCAUCCGUCGGUUGAGGGAGCAGACCGAGAGUUAGAUGUGUUGGAAUUGUCAUCUCACUGUUUUUGUCUUCGAUUUUUUCUGAUCUUAUUAGCUGUGGCCUGUGGACAGUGCUGUUUCCUUUCUGGUUGGUAUGCGCUAGUACCUUGUAAGACCUAAUGAUCUCUUUAAGUUUUGAGCAUUGAUGAAAGAUUUUAUGCUUUGUCACAAGUGAUGCCUGAGUUCUCCCUUUCUAAUCUACCUUUCUGACACCUUGGCAAUUGGGACACUCAUUUCCGUUGGAUGUACUUCAUUGACUCG